GACUCACAAAGAGAAACAAAACAAAACCAACCACUGAGAGAAAAAAGCUUGUGGGUCCAUUUCCAUGGCGGACGGAGGAGACAGUAAUGGCCGGAGACUUCACAUCCUGGUUGUGACCUACCCAGCUCAGGGCCACAUAAACCCCUUAUUACAAUUCUCCAAACGCCUCCACCACAAGGGCGCCGCCGUCACCUUCGUCCUCUCCAAAUUCCUCUUCAACAACAACACCGCCGCCGCCGCCCACCCGCCGCCGUUCCCCGUCGAGACCAUCUCCGACGGCCACGACCACGGCGGCUUCCUCUCCGCCGACUCCAUCGAGACCUAUCACGAGCUCUUCGAGCAAGCCGGGUCCCGGACUCUCCGGGAUCUGAUCCGGCGCUUGGCCGCCGCCGGCCGUCGCGUCCACGCCAUCGCCUACGACGGGUUUAUACCGUGGGUUCUGGACGUCGCGAAGGAGUUCGGGCUGAAGACGGCGCUGUAUUUUACCCAAUCUUGCGCCGUCAACAACAUCUACUACCACGUGUACAGGGGAGAAAUUAAGGUGCCGCCGCCGGCCGGAGAGGAGAUUCGGAUCGCCGGAAUGCCGCCGUUGACGGUGGCGGACAUGCCGUCGUUCGUCCAGGAUCGGAAUCCGUAUCCGGGUUUCUUCGAUGUGGUGAUUAAUCAAUUUAGGAACAUCGAGGAAGCAGAUUGGGUGGUCUGCAACAGUUUCUACGAAUUGGAACAACAGGUGUUGGAAUGGAUGGGGAAGAAAUGGGCAAUGAAGAUGAUCGGACCGAACAUACCAUCGAUGUACACGGACCGGAGAAUAGAUGGGGACGGGGAGUACGGUUUCAGCCUUUUCAAUCCGAAGGGCGAGGUAUGCCGGAAAUGGCUGGACGGCCGGCGGAAAGCGUCGGUGGUUUUUGUGUCGUUUGGGAGCUUUGCGGCACUGAGUGUGGAGGAGAUGGAGGAAUUGGCUUGGGGUUUGAAACAAACCAACUAUUACUUCUUGUGGGUGGUAAGGGCAAAGGAGGAGGAGAAGCUUCCGACGAAAUUUGCAGAGGAGACGGCGGAGAAAGGGCUGCUGGUUUCGUGGUGCCCACAAUUGGAGAUUUUAUCGCACGAAUCUAUCGGAUGUUUUGUGACGCACUGCGGUUGGAAUUCGACGCUCGAGGCUCUAACCAUCGGCGUUCCUAUGGUGGCAAUGCCGCAGUGGACAGAUCAAACAACCAACGCCAAGUGCAUCAUGGACAUUUGGAAAACUGGAAUCAGAGCUCCAGCCGACAACAGCGGGAUCGUCCGGCGGGCGGCGGUGGCAGAGUGCAUCGGAGAGAUCAUGGAAGGCGACGGAGGGAAGGAGAUCAGGAGAAACGCCGCCAAAUGGGGAGCAUUGGCCAGGCAGGCGGUGGGUCGCGGCGGAAGUUCCGAUAUGAACGUUGAUCAGAUUCUGGCCGAUUUGGCUUCCGCUUUUAAUUAAACAAAUAUAUGUUAUAUAAUUGCUUUUUGCACUGUCUUUUCUUUUGACAAAUAUUUAUAUGGCAUUUUAUAAUAUACUCUUUUGAGUACUUAAAAAGUA